AUGACAAACUACAAAAAGAAUAUGCCGAUGAAGUCCUACUAUCGAUGCUCCUAUGAAAGACCAUUCCAAAGCCUCUUCACAUUAAAUGUAGAAAGUGCCAUUUUCCAACUGAAACAAAAAAUCAGAAAAGCGAUUGUAGAAAGAGAUAUUACAAAAAUUACACCAAUUCACUGGAACUAA